AGAACGUACGUCGUUUUCAUAUUCUUUGCAUGUAUGAUGUAUCAUAUUAUAUAACGGUCCCAUGCCAAAAUUAUUGGACUCUUUUAAAUUAAAUAAACAGACGAAUUUUAUUGUUAAAUUGCCAAAGAUUUCGUGUAACUGACCAACUUUGACGUCGAUUUCCUUCUUCUCUUCAACAAUUUGAACAAGUGUGAUUGUUUGUGACACAGGUUUGUUUCUUUCUCUCUUUCAAUCAAAUCUCGUUUACCUAAAAUUUUAAGCAAAGUUUCCAUUUUUCAGUUUUCAUUAUUGGAAGUCAAAUCUAAUUAUCCUUCAAAUUUUCUCGUUAAAAAGGUUCUUUUUUCCCAGAUUUGGAUCGGCGAAUCUUUUGAUGAUAAAGAUUACUUCAUUUCUGGUUAUUCUCGAAGAGUAGAGGUCUCAAAAGAAAUGGAGUCUAAGGAAAUUAGAUCCUCCUCUGUCUUUGAGAGAUCGAUGCGUUUUAAUGGACUCUUUCAAGAUAAGCUGAGAGUUGUUGAGAAACAGAAUCAACCACCAAAACGGUUUAACCAAAAGGAGUCUAAUUCUGGUUUCACAGUGAUUCCAACGAAGCAACUUUGUCGAGUUUAUCUCCAGAAACCGAAUUUGUUGGCUUCCAAGGGUAUAAUUGAUGCACUAGCUAAGCCUCCUCAUAGGAUUUUUGGUAGGAGAUAUGAUCAGCAAAACUUCAAGUCAAAGCUGAGACAUCUUCACACAACAAGUAUUGAUCCUCUGAAACACAAAUUUGGCAAGGAAGAGAAUUCUCUGAGAUAUUUCACUCCUCUUGGUUUCAGUAGUGGUUCUCGUUUAGGAGAUAGGAAGAAAGGGAAAGACCUUUCCUUUCAGGAGGAGAAACCAAAGGAAAUGAAGAAACUUUGUGAUCAGAAGAAGGAGAGAGUUGUGAGAGAAGUUAAAUCCAGUUUGGUGGUUAGUACUUCUAGGGACAGAGUUGCAGCAGAUGUGAAGUUCAGGGAUUUAUCUUCUUCUGGUUUCAUUUCCAAGGAUAUAAAUGCUGAGUCAGUAGAUUGCUCCCAUGGAUCUCCGGAAUGUCAGACGAAUUCGGAAGAUGCUCAUCAACCUAGUCCUGUUUCUGUUCUGGAGCCAAUGUUUUAUGAAGAUAACUUAGACGAUAGUGAAGAUAUUUUAGACGACAGUGAAGAUCUUCCUUAUCCCAAUUUUCUAAGUCUAGAGAAUCAGCUGGAAACCCUGAAAUCUGAAUCUGAGAGUUAUUCAGAUGGGAGUGGGAUGGAAGUAUCAAGCGAUGAGGAGUCUGCACUUGAUUCUGCAAUCAAAGAAAGCAAGGAAAGUGAACCAAUUGGGUUCUUGGAUACCCAAGAAAGCAGGGAUUCUUCUUACAUUGAUGAUAUCUUGGCUGAAGUUUUACUUGGGGACAAGAAUUGCGUUCCUGGCAAACGGGAUUUAGUCAUCACCCCCAAGAUCUUCGAGAAACUGGAGAAGAAGUAUUACACAGAGACAUCUUGGAAAAGAUCUGACAGAAAGAUUUUGUUUGACAGAGUCAAUUCAAGUCUUGUAGAGAUUCUAGAAUCCUUUUCAGCUACACCAACAUGGAAGAAACCCGUUUCUAGGAGGCUAGGCACUGCGCUAAGCACAUGUGGACUGAAACAAGAACUCUGGAAAGUACUUUCUAGGCAAGAGAAGCGAUCCAAGAAAAAAUCAUUGGCCAAAGUGCCAGUCAUAGACAUUGAUGAGUGGUUAGAACUCGAAGCUGAUGAUGAGUCAGUGGUUUGUGAAUUAGAAAGUAUGAUAGUGGAUGAGUUGUUGUCUGAGGUUGUCAGCUUCAUGUAGGGUAUAUAGAGUGAUUCUUUUCAUUCUUUUUUCGUUUCACAUUGCAUUCUUACAUUUUGAUUGAGAAUAGAAACAGAGUAGUGGUUGCAUUUGGCUUGCAUCAUCAAAGGGAGA